UUUACAUUCCGCAUGGAAACGCGUGGAUAGUUUUACUGUCAAACUGCACACUGCUUGCCAUGUCGGCUAUACUAAUCGAGGCUGUUUUAUCAUGCUCCCCUAAUCAUGAAGCGUUGUUCAAUGCGUUGUGUUGGCCCAGUGAUGCCUGGCCGGAAAAAGAGAGAAUAGAGGCACUUGCAGCUUUCAUUGAUGGAAUCGAUAAACAGUCCGACACGUCCACCGGAGGCAAAAUUAGCAGGAGGCAGGACGUUCUCGUGAGGGUUGAAUCCAUCAUCUGGAAACAAUGUAUGCCUCUACUCUAUAAAAUCUCUAGUGAGUGUAAGGUAUGUAACGGUGAGCAAGACUCGCGUAGUAAGGAAAUGACAAGUGCCGUGUGCCGGUUACUUAGCAUUUGCAUCGCCCUAUGUGAUAGCGGAGUUACUGCACAGCUGACCCGCUCCGUUCUACCGACGUUGCGGCAGUCAAACGGAGACACCGACGACGAGUCGAAUGGCGACGAACGGCUACAUAUUGACCUGGCCAUCGAGGUCUUAUCUGUCCUGCUCCCCGCUCUCUCAGCAGACGAACAGCUCUCUACAACAACUCUCACAUGUGCAUUGUCUUGCAUCAGAGUCGCAUCAGACGCCCUGGUCUCCAAAAUCACGGUACGAAUUCUGUUCACCCUCCUCACCUGUUACAGCGAAGAGAAGUUGGCAAAAACACUCCAGUUUGUUUUGGACGACCUGUGCCGCUGGCACGCCGGUGACAGUUCCCCUGUGGCGACAGAGCGCGCAUUGCUGUGUUUGACAGCUCUCUCGGAUUACCUGCUCGCUCCUGUCAAACCCACCAACACGCCUCAGAGUCCGGCCUCUGCGCGACCGGACCCCCGCCUGUCGCUGCAGUUUUGGAGGAUCCUUCAAGACGGGCUAACGCAUAGAGACACCGUGUCACGGAAGCGCGCGCUCUACCUGCUGAAGAGGUGCGUCGCGCUGUCAGAGGAGGAAGGACAGGAGUGUCCCAGAGGACCUGCGUCUGGAGAAGGUGAGGAGGUGGUGUUCAGGUGGGUUCCUGGGAGCAGCAAGCUGCUCAGGGCCUUCUGGGAGGACUACGCCCUGGUCAUGGAAACUGUGGAGGAAAACCAGAUCCAUGUGGUGCGGCCUGUCCUCUCCAGGGUGGACUCUCUCAUCCAGACCACCGCCAGGGAAAGCCAAGCGUGCCUCCUGCCUGUGCUCCACCCCUCCUGGCUGCUGUGUGUGUACCAGCGUAUGUUCCACAGUGAGAACAAGGCUGUGAUGAGGGAGGGGGUGAGCCACCUGCUGGGCCUGCAGACCUCCACCCUGCCUGCCUUCUCCCAGACCUUCUCUCAGUUCAUCGUGGGUCCCUUCAUGGAUGUGCUGUCUGAGAGCUCCCUCUUCCACAGGAGCCAGGACCAGUGUGUUGGGGAGUGUCCAGAGCUGGGGCUCAAGCUCCAGAGCUUCCUGGUGUCGUUCUUCAGAAGCCUGCCAAUGGAGAACAGAGGGUCUGUUCUACAGCAGCUGGUCCAGAGACUGGCCUCCCAGCACUGGUGCUCUGUACCAGUCCUGUUUGUGUCCCAAGCCCUGUCCCUCCUGCCCCCCGGCCCCCUCCUGGGCCCCCAGACCCUGCAGGCCCUGAGGGAGGUGCUGCGCUGCACCAUGGUAACGCACCAGGUCCUGCUCAGAGGGGCUGCCCAGUGCUUCCUGCUCAGCAGCGCCCUCUGCCUGACUGAUGUGAGUUCAGUCACCCUGGAUGAUGUGUUCAGUUUGCUGGUGCACUUCCCUGCCAACGAGUCUCUAUGCCGAGGUACCGGCCUGUGGAACCAGGUGUGUGUGUGGCUGGUAGACAGCGAGGGCAGCUUCCGAGCCUGUGGCUCCAGCUCCAGGGUGGAGGCAGGGGAAGGAGCUGGUCCUGCUGCCCCAGAGAGAGACUCCGUUCUGGGCUACGUCCAGAGGCAGAUGGAGGCCUAUCUCCGGGUCCCAGCCUCCACAGACCAGACUGACUGCCUGCCAGACCCAGGGGAGGCAAACAUGCUGGCCACGGCCAUCCUGCUGUGGGCCGACAUGGAGGACAGGAGGGAGGGAGGAAGGACUGGAGAGAGGCUCCCAGCUCUCCUGCUCCCCCUGGUGGCCACGCUGGGGAGACUCAGCACCAACGUUUACCUGCCUCUCAGAAAGACAGACAAGAGCCUGCAGCUGCUGCUCCGCCUCCUCCAGCUCAGACACGCCCCCUGUCGCCCAGCAACAGAGGAGAGGCAGGCGGACCACGUGGCCGUCGCCAUGGAUGCGCUGCUCGCGGGCGUGGUGGAGUCCAUCCAGGAGUUUAUCCUCCGGAGACUAAGUGGAGAGCUGCAGGAGCUGUGUGACAUGCAGAGAGCAGAGCUGUACCUGGUGCUGCUGAGGGAGCUGCUGUUGGCCUCCACGCUCUCCAGCCUGGCCUCCGCCUGCCUCCCCCGUCUGGCCUCCGCCUGCCUCCCCAGCCUGCUCUGCCCUGCCUCGCACAUCCCAACUGUAGCCAGCCAGGUGACCAAAGCCGUUGCCAUGGCAUCGCUGGCCAUGCUUUGUGACCUUGCCAACCAGGAUGUCAUCAACAGCCAAUCAGAGACCGUGUCUGUACUGUUGUCACUCAAGGGCUUCUUCCACCCCCCUGCCUCCCCCUCGUCCCCCUCUGUCCCCCUCGGCCUCUUCAACCAGACCCUGCUGAAGCCCCCCGCGGCAGGCUCCUCUGCCCGCUCUCCAGGGCCGGGUGUCUCCCUGCAGGAUUGGGGCCGCAUGGCGGCUCGCUUUACCCGGGACCAGUGGGUCUGCCUGGGCUUCCUGAGGAGGGCGGGCCCCCCACUGGCCCCCCCUGGAGCCCCCGGGGCCCUGCAGGCAGCUGUGGAGGCGCUGGCCCUGCUGCCCAGCCACCUGGUGCUGCCCGUACUGGCCUUCAUGGAGGCAGAGCUGCCCCAGCAGGUGGCGCUGUGUGGGGAGGAGGUGUGUGCCGAGGCGGUGCGGCGGUCCUGGGCGCUGGUCCAGGCCCUGAGCAGCAACCCCCAGGACUUCUGGCCCACCCUCCGGGCCUUCACCCGCAUGGCCUACAGCCCCCCGCUGCUGGGCCUCUCACACACACAGGCCCCGCUGCUCACACACACACUCAGAGAGAUCUCUGCUGAGCUCAUAGAGCUGUCUCAGAUCAAGACGGGGGUGUUCAAUGUUCUGAUCCAGCACUGCUGCGACACCUGGACCACCUCUGACACAGGAAGUACCUCCCAGCCCAGCCCGGACACAGGAAGUUCCCUGCUGCAGUUGGACAUCCUGACAGAGGCUUGUGUCUACGGGCCGGUCUUCAGGAGAGACCAGAGGUUGAUCCAGGAGGUUCAGAGCUAUGUGGAGAAGCUGGGAGAGCAGUGCUCAGCCAACACUGUGGUCCCCAGUGAUGACAGGGAUGAGCAGGCUCCUCGUGUGUUUGUGCUGGGGUUCCUCAGCGGUCUGGAGCCCUCCAGCCAGCAGCACCAGACCCUGAUGGAGGAGCUGGUGCUACGUCUGCUGAGGAAGGAUGAGGAGAUAUCCAAGUCCAAAACUCGUUACUAUAGCAACUCCCUUCAACACCGUGUGAAGAACCGAGUGUGGCAGACGCUCUUGCUGCUGCUACCUAAACUGAGAGAGGAGUUUGUGAACACCAUUGCAAGGCGGAUCUUCGAGGCUGGAUUCUGCAGCAACCAGGCGUCUGUCAAGUACCUGAUGGAGUGGAUGAUGGUUCUGCUUCUGGUCCGCUUCCCAGCACACAUAGACAAGCUCUGGUCUUGCUUUACUCUGGACCAAGAGAAGACCAAGACCAGCAUCUGUACUUACCUGUCAGUCCUGGUCCAUCUCAACAUCAUCAUGCCCACGCUACCCGACAAGUCUGUUCAGUGGCGCAGGGCUCUAGAUGUUAUUCUCCAGUGGUGCUUCAGCCACAACUUCAGCGUGCGUCUGUACGCCCUGCUGGCUCUGAAGAGGGUGUGGGGGCUGGAGGGGGCCCGGGGGGAGGCUGAGGCUGGGGCUGGGGGGAUGGACGGCCUGGGCGGGCUGGCCACCCUGGUCCAGUCUUGUCUAAACCAGGCAGAGGCCAUGCAGAGCACUGGGAAUGCUAAUAAGAACUGGAGCAGGAUCCAGGAGCACUUCUUCUUUGGUGCCUUCCAUCCUAUCAGAGAUCACAGUGUUGAGUCCAUCUUCUACCUCUUCCCCCGUCUCUCUGAGCUGGCUGAUGAUGAGUGGCUUCCUGUGUGGAAGUUUGAGAAGCUGGUGGCGUUCUCCCGAGGCCCCUACACUCUGCCCCUGAGGAACCCCAGUCCAGAGCUGGGGCUGGUGCCGCCAGGAGACUGGGUCCAGCAGGAUAAAGGUGAGCAGGAGAGGGAGGAGUGCUGGACGGAGGUGCAGAAGAAGAUGACCCCCUGGAGGCUGGGGAUGGUGGAGCAGGGCCCAGAGCUGCAGCUGGCCCCCCAGCAGAGGGCUGCCCGUCUGGGGAAGCUCCACAGCGCCCUCCUGGUGGUGGCCUCGCUCAUAGACAAGCCCACCAACCUGGGAGGAUUGUGUCGGACUUGUGAGAUCUUCGGAGCCAGUGGACUGGUUCUGGACAGCCUUCGCCACGUCAGCGACAAACAAUUCCUAUCCCUGAGCGUCUCAGCGGAACUCUGGCUCCCCCUGCUGGAGGUGAAGCCUGCAGAGCUGUCCCGGUUCCUGCUGCAGCAGAAGGAGAGGGGCUACUGCAUCGUGGGGGUGGAGCAGACCGCCAACAGCCACAGUCUGCAGGACUACCGCUUCCCUGAGAGGACCCUGCUGCUGCUGGGGAACGAGCGGGAGGGCAUCCCUGCGCCCCUGCUGCAGCUGCUGGACGUGUGCGUGGAGAUCCCUCAGCAGGGCGUGGUGCGCUCCCUCAACGUGCACGUCAGCGCCGCCCUGCUGGUGUGGGAGUACACCCGCCAGCACCGGGCCCCCCCGCCGGGGGCCCCUCCCCCGGGGGCAGGGCCAGGGGGCUGCCACCCCAGCAAGGCUCUGUGAGGAUGGGGGGCGUGGUCGUGUCAGAUGACUGACCUUGGUGAUCAGAGGGCUGUUCCUGUGGUUGGUGUGAGUGUGGUGGUGUGUGUGUGUGUGUGUGUGUGGUACUGGACCUGUAGGGUCCCUGCCACCUGCAGCCUGGUCAGACACACAACCUCCAGGCUAAUGUUUUAGUGCUAUUUGACCCGAGUUGCCAAAAGACAGACCCUACCAAAUUUACAGCAGCAUAUUUCUAUGUGUUUUAAGGUCUGUGUGUGUGUGUGCGCGCAUGUGUUUCUUGUCCACAAUGUGUGGUCUUGAGGAUGUAACAGUGUUUCGAUAGCCCACUUCCUGUUCCAUCUUUGAACAGAGGGUACUUUAAGGCCAGCUGUCAACUCAUCAUGCUGUCAAAUUAUCUGAAUAGUCCUUUUGACCCUAUUCUCCUGUGACAGAUGCAGCAUAUUCAGUUCUUCUUCAAAGAUUAGUCUGACGGGAGUAUUGCGUCUGAAUAUAAUUAUUUGUACUCCGCCAGACCCGCUGCUCCAUAUUCGUGUCUAGAUACAGAAACGUGACAGGAUUUCACUGCGUCCUAGUUUCCCAGAGUGAUGGAAGACAAGUGCCUGUCUCUGCUCAACACACACACAAUGUUUGUUUAACUUGUGUUAGCCGCUUGGACUUCUUGCUGGUUAUAUUGAGUGAUCAAUUGUUUUCUUUUCUUUUUAAUAAAACUUUUGGAAAGACCUGA